GACUCAUGUAUGACUUGCAAUCUGCAAUGGUAAAAGCGGCAUUCAAUCAACCACGGUAAGCUAUGAGACAGGGUUAUCUCCAACUUCGGCUAUGGGGUUGAGGAGUGGAAGAUGAUGAUCGUCACGAGCCCAUGUUGCUGUUCAUUCAUGCAACGUACGUGGAGUGGCAGCUGACUCCAAGUCCCCCCACUACAUAGGAUUUGUCCAAUCAAUGUAACCCUAGAUGAUUGUGUAUUAGAGAAUAAAACGGCUUGCUCUCUUGUAAGCCGUAAUCAUCAGUAAUAAUCAAUCUCUCUUCCUAUGGAUGUAAGCCUCACACAACGUGAGGAAAGAACCACGUAAAUCAAAGUCUCUCAUUUAUUUCCGUUGCUAUUUUACAUGGUAUCAGAGUGGUGACGAUCCCCUUUCGAUAAUGCGUCAUGAGUCUCGAUGAUGAGUCUACCAUCGUUACUCCGUCCAAUUCUAGCAAGUCACUUGCCGGUCAGUCCUCCCCAGAGCUGCCAUCCGUUUAUCAUCUCACCAAUUGGGAUUGUCCUGGAAAUUUGUUAGUUGGCGAUGUCCUUACCGCCGUACACUAUGGUGAGUGGGUCCUUGAUAUGAAGGACUCCCUUCUUGCUAAAAACAAGUAUGGUUUCGUCGAUGGCACGGUUGCAAAGCCCACUAAUCCCGUCAAGCUUGCUGCCUGGGUUCGGUAUGACGCCAUGGUCAACGGCUGGCUUAAGACCUCAAUGGACAAAAAGAUCCGCAGCAGUGUUCUUUUUUGCAGAGAGUGCACGUGAAAUUUUGGCAGAUCUUCAAGCUAGGUUUGGCCAGGGUAUUGCGUCUCGUGCCUACAAGCGAGUCUGACAAGCGCUCUCAUUCUGCGGGGGAGCGCGAUCGUGGGGCUCCGUAUCGUGAUCGGGGUGCUGGUGAACUUGAACGCCCUCGAUGCACUCAUUGUCAAUGUUUAGGACAUUUGCGGGAGUCUUGAUAUGAAGUAAUUUGGUAUUCACCCCGUGAUCGUGAUCGUCAUAGGGACAGGACGAGGCAACGUCGUGGCUGAACUCUGGGUGCAUCUGGUCGAGACACUUAUGGUUUCGAAUCUAAGGCGGGUCAGGUGGAGGCUGGGGAGAAAAGUCUCGUGGCCGGUUUCAUUCUUGCUCAACUUCAGCAGGUGAAGCAGUUUUUUGGUAGUUCGGAUAAAUCCUUGGAUGAUCC